AUGGCUUGGUCCAUCCUAGCGCUCGCCGCGCUCUUUGUAGGCGCGGAAGCAGCCACCCUCGACCUUCGCCAAAGCGCCCGCGGUUCCGAUUUUCUCCGCUUCAGCUGCUCCCAGCUCGUCGUCGAGCGCGCCGACCCCAUCGUCAACCCUGGCCAGCUCUUCUCUCCUCAUAUGCACCAGAUCGUCGGUGGUAAUUCCUUCAACGUGACCAUGGAUCCAGCUACCAUCGACCCUCCCAAGCAGUCCAAGUGCACCUCCUGCCGCAUGGUCGAAGACUUCAGCAAUUACUGGACCGCCUCCAUUUACUUCCAGUCCCCUGAAAACGGAACCUUCAAGCGUAUCCCACAGAUGGCCAACGGUCAGCUCAAUGGUACCAUCAUGGACCAGACAGGCGGCAUCACCGUCUACUACAUGCGCCCCUUCAGCGGGUCCAAUAAGAAGACGACUGUCUUCUCCCCCGGGUUCAGGAUGAUCGCCGGCAACCCGGUCAACAGAAACAAGGGCACUGGUCCCCUAGUCAACUGCCAUCGCUGUCUCGCCAAAAACGACCGGAUAAGUGGCGGCAACGGAGCGCCCUGCGAUAGGUCUGACACCGCCGAGUUCCCAAACAAGCCCUGCCCCGGUGGCAUCCGAGUAACAACCAUCUUCCCCUCCUGCUGGGACGGCAAAAACGUCGACAGCCCCGACCAUCAAAGCCACGUCGCUUACGCCCCAGGAAACCAAGCCCUUGCCGGUGACCGCUGCCCUGCCUCGCACCCGGUGAGGAUUCCGCAGGUCAUGUACGAAGUCAUGUAUGACACUUCUGGCCCGUUCGCCGACCCAGACUACUACAAGAACGGGAAGCAGCCGUUGGUGUACAGCUUUGGUGACAAGACUGGGUAUGGAGCUCAUGGGGAUUACUUGUUUGGUUGGGAGGAUGGUGCAUUGCAGAGGGCGAUGGACGGGUUGGGGACGAACUGCUUUAGCGAGCAGUGUCCUGCGCUGAAGUUGCAAACUCCACAGGCGGCAAAUGAGUGUACCAAGCAACAGCAGAGCCGGGAGGAUGUUGGGACUAGUACUUGGCUGAAGGAACUUCCCGGUGGUGUUCAGGUGUAUUAAGAACGGAGUGCUUCGAAACUUGUCAUGGCUAAUGUAUGGACUUGCUGGAUUGUUCAGAGAAGAAUGUAUUCAGAUUGGGAUAACUUACCUAUCUGUGUCUGUGAUUCGUGGUGUCUGUGGUAGAACACGUGCGUAGACCGGC